AUGGGCAGCAACAACUUCACACGCUUCGUAGACUAUUUGGGUUUUAAUUUAAACGAUACCAACUACACUGCAUACCAGGAUCUGUACCGGAAUUUUGAACAAUUCUGUCUUGGAAAUACAAGUUCGUUCGAGCUACAAUUUAUCCGCUGGCACCAACAAUAUACUUGCACACCACCACAAACACCACCAACCGGCGUUGUAAUACCAACUCCUCAACCACCUUCACCCCUUCCCGAUCUAAGUCUUCUACCCGAUCCCCUUCACCUACCCAUAAAACUGGCCACAUUACCGGGCGCAGAAUGUUUUAAUACAUUCACGCUAGAGAACAGAACUCAGCCAACGAGCGAAACAUCAACAACAACAACAACAAUGCCCGCGCCAACGACCGAAACAACGAACAACACGCUUGAACAAGCACUUUUUGAAACAUUGGAUUCGGCCGAGUUACAAACAAUGAACGAUAAUAUUGGAAAUAUCCCCCCAAAUCUCGAACAGGUCGACAUAUCAGAUCUCAUAUCACCAAGACCCGCACCAAAGUUGGGUCUUGGGGUGGGAAAAAAUAUUGAAAAAUUGAAAGACGAUUACGCAGCGAAGACACCAAAACGAAAACGAUCGAAAAGCGGUGUUCGAGGUUCGGGUAGGCCCACCAACGACAUAAGCACGAUGCGUAUGAACGACGAAAGCGAAGAUCAGAAAAACAACGCCGCAUUAGCAUUACGAGAAGUGCAACUGUUAACCUCAGGAGGUGAAAUACGGAAAAAAUGUCCAAUAUAUACACGACACCCGUACGACAUCAAAUGUUUUGCAAUAGGGCACUAUAGCUCUUUCGAAAUGGUCGCAGAAAAAAGGAAAAAAGCUUUGGAAAAAAUCAAAAAACAUCGUGAAACACUCUCAAAAUUAAACUAUAUAGAAAGUAACUUAUUACCGCUGGUAGAAAAAAACAAUACACUAUAA